AACAAACCCAAUUCACUUCUGGGCAGAUUUCCACCGAUCAACAUUGAACCGUCUGCCAGUGGUGCCUCCCCAUCCCCCCUUCUUGCGAGCACCAGCGGGAGAAUCCACUCGUCUGAGGGUCAGAUUCGUAUUCCAAGGUCAUGGCUUUCCCUGUUGUCACGCGAUGCCCGGGGCCGUCGACUUUGGUUGGCUUCUCCACGAUGACGAGGAAAUUGGCCCACUCUGUCGGCCGAGUGCAGCAAAGGAUGGCCGGUCGUCCCCAGCUCACCAAGCUCCUAGGUACCCACUCUUGGCAAUACCCUUGGCAGUAUUACAGCAAACACUCGGGAAAUCUUGACACAAUUCUCAUGAUGCCCGGUAGCCCCCUGGGCGUUGAGGCUGCCUCUCGAAAACGUUGCAUAUUAUCCUGGGCACGGAGUACUUGGUCGGCUGUCUGCCUGUCCAGGCGCCCCCCUGAUGAGCACCCGGGCCAGCGACGGGCAACUGGCUGGCGGCAACCAGAGUGAUGAUCAUGGGCAACGUGAGCCCACGGUUCCCCUGGAUACGACCUGUCCGUAUAUGCAAUAUAUAGCGCUAAUGACGCGUAUGGCGCGUUGUCCUAUCAGGUGCCGGUGCAAUUACUUUCUGCAUGGUGCGUCGCAUCAUGGCUCCGACCCUAGCUAACUAGUUAGAUGCCGUUUAAGCGUGCCCCUGCGCCUCCCAGAGACUUAUAAUAAAGUCUUCAUUGUGCACAGCCAUGACUUGCACUUCCUCGCGGUUCUCCUCUUCUCCCCCUCGCGCCUCUCAAUUGAUCAUUUCGACAUCAUUUUCGUCACAGUACUCUGCAAAGUCCAAUCGUUUCGAAACACACUGUCAAAAUGCAGCUGACUGCCUUCCUCGUCGCCUCUCUGGCCGGUGUUGUCGUCGCCCAAGACGGCGCCGCAGCAGCAUCCAGCGCUGCCUCCUACGCCGCUGCUCAGGCCAGCGUCCAGUCCGCGCUCUACUCUCUGCAGACUGCUGUGACUGCGACCGGUGAGGAGAGGAACUCCAUCUUCGCCUCUCUGCAGUCUUCCGCCGUCGCUGCUCAGGCCUCCCUGGCGAGCCAGUUCAACUCGAACCUGGGCAUCACCCAGACCAGCGCUUCCGCAACCGAGACCUCGGCGCCCUCUGGCUCGGCUUCUGAGACUGGUUCGGGCUCCGUCACUGGGUCUGGCUCGGCCACCGGCUCAGCCUCGGAGUCGACCAUUACGUCCGAGUCGACCCUGACUUCUGUCUCCACGUCGACCUCGAGCGAUGAGGAGACCUCGUCCACCUCCCGCAGCAGCAGCACUCGCACCAGCAGCGGCAGCAGCACCAGCACCGAGAGCAGCGCCAGCGAGAGCAGCGCUGCUGCUUCCGCCGCGGGUGCCAUCACCCUACCCGGCAUGGGAGCCCUAGCUGCCCUCCUUGUCGCUCUCUUCUAAGGGACCGAAAAGGAGAGCAACGGCUGGGUGUCACUGGGGCUGGCUUCGGAUAUUUGGAUGCUUGGAUAUUAAUAUGUAAUGUGGAAGAUUGUAAUUGUAUUUACACGUGGCUCGGUCAUCUUUGUACAACACGAUGCAAACUCCUUCCGCAGUACGUAGUUGGAUGAAAAGCUUUAGAAACGACGGCAUUGCGCCGGGCAAUUCAGGCCACCGUCAACAGCGCAAAGCAGCGCUCAGCACAGUCUUGGAACACUUGAACCCACUCUUUCAUUUCGUGCUUCACAUAAUGAACUCUGCUCGGGUGUCCGCUACGCAGCCACAGUAUCUGGCUGACGGGAUAAUUCUCUGUGGGGUAACCUCCCCUGAAAGAUACAAGACGAAGAGCCAGCCCCUUUGUAGUAGCAUCCUAUACAGUCAUUACACGGGGGUAAUUGAGCCACAGGGUCUCCACAA